CUACGGUCACUGCCGCGAUCGCCACGACGAAACAUUUCUACGGCUUCCGCCAUAUUAGUAGACACACACCAGCACAGUGCUUCUAAAAUGCAUCAAAAUGGUGAUAUUUAAACUGGAAAAUUGUCGCCGCGAUACUAAAGUGACGGAAAUAUUCGCGCUUUUCGUUGAACCUAAUCACCCAAAGAGGUUUUUUAAAUACAGUUGACCAUAAACCCGAGUGUUCCGGGAUUAUCGGUUUGUGUUCUGGAACUCGUUGGACUACCUACAAACCAACUAGGUAAAGCGACCGCGCCAGAGUAACGUAUUGGUGUUCUCUAUUCGAAUUUAAAAUUUAAAUUGUGUUCGAAAUUGACUAUGGAUAUUUGAUUGUAUAAAAAAAAACUUUAUUGGUUGCGUGAGUGAAAUUAAAAAUUGAUCAUUUGACAUUGGAAUCUCGAAAAAUGGAGAAGCAAGCUGGGAAUAAGUAUAAGCGAAUUUAUUCCUACGGGAGUAUGAGUUCAAGGAGUGACGAUGACAUGGUGGUACACAGUCAGCUGUUCCCGUACCAUAAGAAAAUGGUUGUAGAAAGGGAGAUUCUGUAUGAGGAAGAACAUCCCCCCUUUCAACCCUUGAUUGCCACAACCAGAUUAUUCGGGAAAGCGAGGUUCACGUGUUUAUUGUUGUUCUACGUGGUCUUUUACAUGGUCUACUUGGCGUCAGGAGCGCUGGUCUUUUCCGCAUUGGAAGCUCCUAUGGAAAACCAAAUACGACUUGAAUUGAUACGCGCUAAGCAAGAUUUUUUGACACGAUAUCCGGAUAUUAUAGACGAUGACCUGGAACUGCUGUUGGAUGAAGUGGUGCGCGCCAGCAACCGCGGUGUCUCAGCUUCAAGGAACAUCACGGGUGGACCUAACUGGAGCUUCGGACAGUCAUUGUUCUUCUCAUCUACUGUUGUCACUACCAUCGGAUAUGGUCACGUGACGCCACUCUCGAAGCCAGGCAAGCUGUUCUGCAUGAUGUACGCGCUGCUCGGUAUACCCCUGACGUUGGUGUUGCUCUCAGCACUGGUGGAGCGUCUGCUUCUACCAGCCACUGCCCUACUACGCUCUCUGAACGCUGCACUGGGACAUCUGUACCGGCCCUUCACCAUACGUUUAGUGCAUCUCAUGAUAAUUGUGACAACUCUCGUGGUAUUCUUCCUGGUGGUGCCAGCGUGCGUGUUUGCUUACGUCGAGCCUGACUGGGACUUCCUAGACUCGUUCUACUACUGCUUCAUCUCUCUCACUACCAUCGGACUGGGCGACUACAUCCCUGGCGACUCCCCCGGACAACCCUACCGACCUCUCUACAAAGUUGCUACCACUUUCUACUUGCUCAUUGGCCUGACAUUCCUGAUGCUGACACUGACGGUCUUCUACGACAUUCCACAACUGAACUUGAGUACGGUGUUCUCAUCCGUGAAGCUCGACGAUGACCCAGAGAAGAUGAGGCUUAGCGGCUCCGGAGUGAUGGGACCCGGGUACGGGAUUGGAGGGCUGGUGAUGCGGGAUGACUAUAACCACCACGACCAGCGACGCUCCGUGGUACACAUCCGACCACACCUCGACGACAGCCCCAGUCCCGAGGAUACCACGCCCGUGCACGCCCGCGACAUACGAGUACACUAAACAAAAACUGCUUCCCAAAAUCUCGGUCAUCUCGUUGGCUAGUUGGUGCUGUUGGAUGGAACAAUGUGGAACGAACAAAAACAAUCCUCCCCAAUCUUCUUAUAAUUUAAAGAAAAAAACUAAUUCGAACGUUGACGGUCGUUCUACAUUGUCGCUGGUCCGAAAAAUGGCAGCCAGCGUUACUAUUUGACGUUUGCUCAUGUCAUGUCAAAAUUCCUCGAAGAUGGAAUGAAAAUUAAAAAAUAUGAUGAACAGGCGCGGUAGUAGUUAAGUAGUUAUAUUUACUGUAAUUAAGUUAAUUAUAAGUUCGUUGUUUAAUGUUUAUUGUUAAGUUGAUUGUCAGAAUUUUCAAUUGGUGUAACUAUUACCUAGCUAUCUUAUUUCGAUCCCUGCGUCGACUACCGUCCUAAAAUACGUGUGUUAUUUUUUUUUAGUCUUUAAAAAGAGAAUGUUACAUAAUGUCUGCUGGUAAAAGCUGCGAUAAUAAGACUGAGAGGUUUUUCAAAUUUUCAAACUUUUCUAAUUCAUUUUUAAGAGUUUUGUACUUACAAAAAUUGCGAACAUACCUUGCGAACUGUAACAACACAAUCGAUGACGUAAACAAUGUAGUAUCUAAACAGACUGACUAACAACAUGUCCUUCUAUAUGUAUACGUUUUAAAAUCCUAAAUUAUAAGAAUUUUUCUAAUCCAUUAUAUAUCUAUUUUCAAAAUAUAAAAAAUCGACGGCAUAUCACAAACUUUUUGAACGUAUCGGUUCAGUAACUUAAAUUAUCCUUGCCAUAUCAAAAAAAUAACGACAACCUUCAUCGUACCUUUGAGUUUUAGAAAGAAGGAUCAACUAAUGUAAAAAUUCUCUAUUGUCCCUUUCAAAAAAGAUUAAAAUACUUAUCGUCAUUACACGUGCUAAUCAUACUAUGCUACUUAUACAAAUAUAAAUAUGCAUAGAUAUAUAAAAUUUGACGUAUCAAUUAUGUGUGAUAGAUGACCAAUAACUUAGUAGAUUCAUUGGAUUUAAAAUAUAAAAUAUUUAUAUUAUUAAUAUAUGAUAUUAAAAAAAUCAAUCUAUAUUAACUCUCAACAUAAAAUGUUCUCAGAAAAAUAAAUAAAUUUAUUAUCUAGGAUGGUAGUGCAAAAAUUUAAUUAUUAUUAUUAUAAUAUCAAUAUUCAAAAUUAUAAGUGUUUAGAUUUGUGUAUUAAAUAUUCUAGUUUAGUGAAUGUUGCAACAUAGAAAAAUGUUUCAUUGCUAUUACUAGUCCACACUUUUAUACUUUUUUUACUUCGAAUAAACUGUGUGGCUGUGACAUUUUUUUCUCAAUUUUAUAAUUUGAGUUUAGUUGCUUUAUCUUUUUUAAAGUUACUUUUAAAUUUUUG